AUGCACCUAACAUCAGCCCCACCUCGCCUGCAACGGAUGUUGUUGCGCCUACAGCCGUACAGCCUUACAAUCAAGUACCGUCAAGGAGCAGAUAUGGAAAUCGCAGAUGCCCUAUCAAGACUUUCGCCCCAGGAAACAGAGCCCAUCUCUGUCAUGGAUAUCCAAAUACACGAAAUCUGUACACAAUUCAGUAGUGGGAUUUUGCAGGAGAUCCGCGUGGCAAGUGCAACAGAUCCGGAGCUUAAAGAAUUAAAUUAUGUGGUUUACAAUGGAUGGCCAACGAACAUAAAGCAGGUCCCAAAAAUCCUCAAACCCUAUUGGACCUUUCGUGAUGAGAUCACCACCGAAGAUGGUAUAGCAAUGAAAGGCCAACAUAUUAUCAUCCCCCAUAGUAUGCAGAGCAUGAUACUUACGAAGCUUCACGCAGGUCAUCAAGGGUCCGAAAAAACUAAAUUAAGACCUCGAACAUCGGUUUACUGGAGAGGAAUGAACAGUGACAAUGUGUGA